CACAUCUCCACGAUGUUGUCCUGCGCCUCGUUCAAUAAACUGAUGUAUCCGACGGCCGCAGAUGUCGCGAACUCACCGAUGGUGGCCAUGGGCAUGGACGGGAUCGGAUCCUUGGCCAGCCUCCAGGCCCUGCCCCCGACCACAUCUGUGGGCAGUGGGGCUCCCAGCGAGACCCAGAGCGAGAUCUCCUCGGUGGACAGCGAUUGGAGUGACAUACGCGCCAUCGCCAUGAAGUUGGGCGUCCAAAAUCCAGACGAUCUGCACACCGAACGGUUCAAGGUUGAUCGCCAGAAACUGGAGCAGUUGAUAAAGGCUGACAGCGCCAUCGAGGGUAUGAAUGGAGCCGAAUAUUUCUUUCAUGACAUGAUGAACACGACGGAUACCUAUGUGAGCUGGCCUUGCAGACUCAAAAUUGGUGCCAAGAGCAAGAAGGAUCCCCAUGUGCGAAUUGUGGGCAAGCCGGAGCAGGUGCAGCGGGCCAAGGAGCGCAUCCUGAGCAGCCUUGACUCGAGGGGCACCCGUGUGAUCAUGAAAAUGGAUGUCAGCUACACGGACCACUCGUACAUCAUCGGACGCGGCGGCAACAACAUCAAACGCAUCAUGGACGACACUCAUACCCACAUUCACUUCCCGGACUCGAACCGUUCCAAUCCCACCGAGAAAUCCAACCAGGUGUCGCUGUGCGGCAGCCUGGAGGGCGUGGAACGAGCCCGGGCCCUUGUCCGGCUCUCCACGCCGCUGCUCAUCUCCUUCGAGAUGCCGGUGAUGGGACCCAGCAAGCCACAGCCAGACCAUGAGACGCCCUACAUCAAGAUGAUUGAGAGCAAGUUCAAUGUGCAGGUCAUAUUCUCUACACGUCCUAAGCUGCACACUUCGCUGGUUUUGGUCAAGGGAUCGGAAAAGGAAUCCGCCCAGGUCAGAGAUGCCACUCAGUUGCUGAUCAACUUUGCCUGCGAGAGCAUUGCGAGUCAAAUCCUGGUGAACGUCCAAAUGGAGAUCUCGCCGCAGCAUCACGAGAUCGUCAAGGGCAAGAAUAAUGUGAAUCUGUUGAGCAUCAUGGAACGCACCCAGACCAAGAUCAUCUUUCCGGAUCUGAGUGACAUGAAUGUAAAGCCGCUGAAGAAGUCACAGGUGACGAUCAGCGGACGCAUCGAUGACGUCUAUUUGGCGCGACAACAAUUGCUUGGCAAUUUGCCCGUAGCCUUGAUAUUUGACUUUCCGGACAACCAGAACGAUGCCUCCGAGAUAAUGAGCCUCAACACCAAGUACGGUGUGUACAUUACGUUGCGCCAGAAGCAACGCCAGAGUACACUGGCCAUUGUGGUCAAGGGCGUGGAGAAGUUUAUAGAUAAAAUAUACGAGGCCCGCCAGGAGAUCCUGCGCCUGGCCACGCCUUUCGUAAAGCCCGAGGUACCCGACUUCUACUUCAUGCCCAAGGACAAGGACCUCAAUCUGGCCUAUCGCACUCAACUCACCGCCCUGUUGGCCGGUUAUGUGGAUAGUCCAAAGACACCAUCCCUGCUGCCUCCGGUCCUUCCUGGUCAACUGACGCCCUAUGCCAAUAACAAUCAUUUGCUGCUCAGUGCCAAUGGUCUGGCCACGCCCACUGGCAUCUGUGCGCCCACUCAGAAGUAUAUGCAGCUGCACAACAGCUUCCAGCAGCAGAGUCAGCAUCAGCAGCAGCAGCAGCAGCAGCAACAUCAUCAGCAACAUCAGCAGCAGCAGCAGGCGCAGGGUCGUCCGCUGGUUGUCAAUCACAACAACAACUAUUUGCAGGUGCCAUCAGGUGUUGCACCGCUCAAGCAGCCGCUUCCCCCCUCCGCAGGGUUGAAUGUCUCGCCACGGAAUAGCUGCAGCCAGAAUACCAGCGGCUAUCAGAGCUUCAGCAGCAGCACCACCUCCCUGGAGCAAUCGUAUCCCCCGUAUGCCCAAGUUCCGGGUGCAGUGUCCUCCAGUUCAUCAUCCUCGGCAGCGGGAGCGGCAGGAUCGGGGGGAUUGGGAGCAGGUUGUGGCAAUAGUCGGGCGCACUAUUCCCCUGACUCCACAUAUGGCAGCGAGGCGGGCAGCGUUCCAGGUGGCGGUGGAGGAGGGGCCCGCCUUGGGCGACGCCUCAGUGACGGCGUACUCCUGGGCCUCAGCAACUCCAAUGGAGUGGGUGGUGGAGCCCACCUGCUACCCGGCAGCGCCGAGAGCUAUCGCACCCUGCACUACGACCUGGCUGGCGGCGGCGGUGGCAGCGGCUUAGGCCAUAAACAUGCCGCUCAUCGCGCCUUUGACUUUGACAUGAAACGGGCUUUGGGAUACAAGGCCAUGGAAAGGACACCGGUGGCGGGAGAGCUGCGGACACCCACACCAGCCUGGAUGGGCAUGGGAUUGAGCUGCACCUCGCCGGCACCCAUCGACACGGCGGAUGACAAUGGCAAUGGGGGAGCAGGAGCAGGAGCAGGAGCAGGAGGAGGAGGCGGUGGAAGCUGGCGACUGCCACCGGGCCUAGGCUCCCCAUAUGGACUCAGUGCCACCACAGGACUGCUGGAUGCAACGCCGGUAAAUAGGCGAAUGCAAUUGGCCCAGCACAAGGAUAUUCAGACGCUGCUAACCAGCUUGGGUCUAGAGCAUUAUAUCAAAAUUUUUGUGCUUAACGAAAUUGAUUUGGAGGUGUUCACCACGCUGACCGAGGAGAACUUGAUGGAGCUUGGCAUCGCAGCAUUUGGAGCUCGCAAGAAGCUGCUGGCGGCCAUUCACACGCUGCUGGCGAAUGAGGCAGCCUGCAGCAGCAUGCCCAGCAGCAGCUCCUCGCAGAACUCCUCGUCGCCGCGAUUUUCGGGCAGUGCGGCACCAGGCGCCGAGCGCCGUCCCUCCAACCAAUGGUGAUUCCCCUCCUCCUUAGGCGUCUUAUUUAAUCGCUAAUCUAAGAACGCUAGGUAGUUUUUUUCUUCUUCUCUUCUCUUCUUUUUUUUUGCAUGCCCCAUCCACACCUAAUCGUAAGUGUUAAGUGCAGGUGAUUUGGAAAACCAAAAUCGAAAAAAGAAACGGAAUUAAUCCGGAAGAAAGAAGAGACCACCGGAUCCUGGGGGACAUCCACAGCUUCCCGCAGGUGCGCGUAGCAGCUAGGCCUUGACCUUGACUUAUACUCGCAUUUGUACUCAAAUUCCAAGUAGCAGAGCUGCGCAGGGGAAGAGUGCCCUCCGGGGUCCCACGAUAGGUCCUAGUAGUUCCCUUCUUUUUAAGCCAUUAAUUUAUUGUGAAAAUAUUUAUAGAAAACCAAAAACCGAAAAGCGUCUGCCAUCAACAAAUAUUGUGAAUUAUUUAUGAAAUCUAACUAAAACGCAAUCACGUAUUGUAAGAAAUGAAUUUAUGUAAAACAACUGAAAAAAGUAACAUUUAAAAGAAAACAAAAAACAACAAAAACUAAGAAAACAAAAAAAAAACAAAAAAGAAACCACAGCAUGUAUUAAGUGAUAAGCAAAACAGUCACGCAC